ACAGCAGUACGUAGACAGUAAUUUCGUUUAUGUGCAUUUUGCUAAAGAAAAAUGGAAUAGAAUUUUAGAAUUAACAUUUACAAAUAACCUUUUUUAUAUUCACAUAUUUUUGUCUACUGUGUAUAUGGUCGACGAAGUGAAAAGCAUAUGGUAGAGAAGCAACAUUAACUAAUAGAGAACCUAUUGAAGUUGGCCAUAAUGCGCGAAGUAAAAAGAGAACGCUGCUAUUGCGCGCGAAAUUUUCAAAACUUUACACAAACAAAAUAUACGAAUCGUGCUAGUCCUGAAAAUAUAUAAGUUAUACAAAAUUUAACAUUAAAUUGUAUGUAAAUAUUAACUGACUAUCAUAUUAUUAUAAUAUGAUGUAUGAAUUAUACAAAAAAACAUUAAAAAUGUAGAAAACAGACACUCGUUUAACACUGCGACGAUACGUACAGGAAUAUUUGACUAUGUUCAUUUAGGGUGCAAAGGUUUAACACUUUGAUACAUCACGCUUAUGAUUUACAAUGCGAAAUACAUAUAUAUUUAUAAUAAAUAUUUGAUGUUAAAAUAUUUAUCUAUCAAAAUUCGUUGAUUGAUAAGAGAUAAUGAAUCGAAUUACUGCAAUGGGAAGAAUGAAUGUUGUAAAAUGUAGUAAAAAACAGAGUGCUACUUUAUUUAUUUUUCAUGGUUCAGGUUCUUCUGGAGAUGAUAUAAAAAAAUGGAUUGAUAUAUUAAACAAAGGAGAACUAAGUUUUCCGCAUAUCAAAAUUGUUUAUCCUUCUGCACCUGCACAACCUUAUACACCUAAUCAUGGAAUGCCUAGUAACGUAUGGUUUGAUCGUUCAAGUAUAUCUAUUAAUGCUCCUGAAGUAGUAGAAUCAAUAAAUUCUAUAUGUAAAAAUGUGCAAGAAAUAAUUGACGAAGAGACUGCAAAUGGAAUUCCAUAUGACAGAAUUGCUGUUACUGGCUUCUCAAUGGGAGGAGCACUGGCAUUAUAUUUAGCAUACAAACAUAUACCAUCCCUGGCAGGAUGUUGUACUAUGUCCAGUUUUAUAAAUAAGAAUUCAUUAAUAUAUAAGCACCUAAAAGAACAUCCGGAAAUAAGUACUCCACCUCUUUUACAAUUUCACGGCAGUGCUGACACAUUAGUUCCAAUAAAAUGGGGAGAAGAAACUUGUAACAGCUUAAGGGAACUUGGAGUAAAUGUUCAAUUCGUACCAUUAGAAAAUUUAGAUCAUGAAUUAAGUGCAAGUGAAAUAAAAUCUUUUAAAGAAUGGCUCCUAAACAUUUUACCAGAUAAAUAGAAUGUUCUACUAACUGAUGUGAAACAUUAUUAUAAAUGUUUUUAUUGAAUAUAUAAAUUUUAUUAUUGAAUGUAAAUCAGAACUAAGUAA